CUUAUUUGAUAUCGUAUCAGCGUAUUGUGUUAAAAAAUGGAAGGCGAACGAAUAAAAGACUUAAAUAAUUUAUUGAAACCAGUUUUUGGAGAGAAUGUCGAAAUAGUGGAUAAAACAAUAGCAAAUCUUACACUUCCAGGAGAGAAUUACUUUAGUGACAUGCUUAAAUUGCAAGUAACAACUAGGAAUAAGGACACCAAUUCUACAAACACCGAACAUUUUGUCGCGAAAUGCUGUAUAGUCGACGAAAAUAUGCCAAAAGAUGCUGCUGCCAUGCAUAGUCAAAUGUUUAAACCAGAAAUUGCCUUCUAUAAGGAAAUUAUACCGACAAUGCAGAAGUUUUUAAAGGAACACGGUCUAAAGGAAGUCGAGAUUUUCCCGAAAUUGAUUGCUUCAAGAUACAAUCUUGACGGUAGAGAAGAACCCGAUGAGAACGCCGUUCUGAUUUUGGAAAACCUUCAAGUGGCAGGAUAUGCCAACGAAGACAGACACAAAGGAUUUGACUUAGAUGGUGCCAAAUUGCUCUUGGCUGACCUGGCUGUCUUCCACGCUGUUCCUUUAGCAAUUAAAUUGAAAGACCCAGAUUUGUUUCAAAAGGUUUUUGUGGAUAAUUGUCCAGGCCCACCGAAGUUUGCGGACAAACCCAAAGACAAAGGUCCUGGUGGUCCACCAUCCAUUCCAAGAAGUACACUAAAAGAAAUACUAAAGGCAGACAUUUUUUGUAGAAAACAUGUAAAUAGGUUGGACGGUCUAAUCGAUGCUCAAGAAGAAAAUUUUAAAAAAGGAAAUUUAUUUAUUAAUCGUGAUGCUAACAAGACGGUAUUUUCUGGACUCGUACAUAAGGAUAUGUGGUUAAAUAAUACUAUGCAGAUGAAGAACAAUGAAGGAAAAUUAAUAAAAAAUAAAUUUGUAGACUUUCAGAUGUACGGUAUACAAGAUAUUACUACAGACCUAUUUUUCUUUCUUAUUACUAGUGUAGAUAUAAUGACAUUAGAAGAACAUUUUGAUUAUCUUCUAAUGAUAUACCAUGAACAUUUUAUUAAAUCUUUGGAGUCUUUCAAAUGUGAUGUAGCACCAUUCAAAUACAUCGAUUUUAUAUAUAAUCUGAAGAAAAGCGCUGUUGAAGAAUUGUUUCAUAUACUUUUAAUGAACAAUGUUGUAAUAUACGCCAAAAAAGGAGAAAAAACUAACAUGGAAACGAUCAAAAACAUGACAGUGGAUAAGGUACACCCUAUAGCUAAAAAGAAAUUUGUAUUUCUAUUUAAAAUGUUUAUUCAAAAAGAAUGGAUCUAAUACUCGUAUGAUAGCUAUUUUAUUUUUUAACCCAUUAAAUAUUUAUAUACUGAAA